AUCGGAAAAAGGAAUUCUUUUUCCAGCAGGGGAAGCUUUAGAUAACUGAAAAUUUACAGAUUAAAGUACAAAGUACAUUUUCAUAAUUACAUGUACACAAUCAUAGUCUUAUCGGCCGCCAUCAUACUCGGACAUCAAAAUGACUGACGGUAAGAAGACAUAUUACCGCCACACAACUAAGGACGGAGCCGCAAAAAUAUUACAGUCAGGGUACAUCAAGCAAUCAACUGAUACGAAAACAGAUGCUGCGUAUGGUCCCGGUACCCACCUUACCAGAAUGGGCCCGGACAAGUCCCAGAGUGAUAUAGCAAAGAAUAACUAUGACGGAGUCAACAAUCGGUUCGCAGAUAUAAUGAUGAAGGAAGGUCAAACAGACGUGGCCAUAGCCAUUGAUCUGCCCAGCACUAAGGUUACCAAGGCGAAUUCAGAUCGCGACAUGUAUGUGUCGCCGGGAGAUGUUACCAUAAAGGACAAAAAUCCAAGGGUUUAUGUGAGGGAUAAGGAUGGAAAGGCUCAGGAGUUCAAACCCAAGUAGAAAAUGAAACCCUCGAGUACUGGUACACACGAUUUCUUUCCUGUUGUCUUUGAAAUAAAUACUAAAUUUUCUCUCUAAAAAAUGAAAUCUUCAAACUUGAAAGGCGGAAAUAGUUUUUGUUAAUGUGUGAAGAA